CUAAUACAAACUUUACAACUCCAUGCAUGUUGCAGUCAAGAAGAUUCUUGAGGUUGAUACAAUAAGUCAAUCAAAACUCUACCAAACUUUGAUUUUUGAACAGUUGCUUUGACAUUAUAAACUAUAAAUACACACUAUCAAUUUCAUUUCUUAGACAUAAAAUUUGGCAAAAUUACAAUGGCAACCACAAUAAACUCAAAUAUGGCUGUAGUUAGUAAGGUAUUUUGUUCAUCUUCUGAGGUAGUUCUUGUUGUCCGAAGGCGCCCACAUGUUGUGAAUGGUGGUGGUUUUAUUGUCACAAAUUGUGCCCAAAAUGUUAUUUUCAAAGUUGAUGGAUGUGGAAUUCUUGGAAAAAAGGAAGAACUUAUUCUCAAAGAUAGUUAUGGACAUGCUUUACUUCUUAUCAGGAAAAAGGGAGGAGUAAUUGAAGCAUUAAGCAUGCAAAAGAAAUGGAGGGGUUAUAGUAAAGAUUUUGAAGGUUCUGAAAAGUUGGUGUUUUGCUUGAAAGAGCCCAAAAACUCUUGUUUCUCGAAGAAAAUGCCAAUCAAGAUUUCCAUUGAACAAAAGGAUUACAAUGAUCAUAAGAAUUUCCAGAUUUCUGGCUAUUUCCCUGAUAGAGCUUGCAGCAUUAUUGACUCCUCUGGCAAUGUAAUUGCAAAGGUUGGAGCUAGGAAAGAGGUGCAGCAAGUGAUGCCAAGCAAUGAUGUGUAUACUGUAACUGUUAAGGCAGGAAUAGAUCAAGCUUUUGUUGUUGGAGUUAUCGCUAUUCUUGAUUACAUAUAUGAUGGAUCUACCAAAUGCUAGUCCCUUUUCUAUAUCUAAUUAAUGGCAAAGAAGAAAAUGAUCACCUCUUCCUAAAGUUGCAGAAUAUUAAUAUUGUUGUUGUCAUCUUCAAUUAGAAUUGGCAAUGCUAGCUCAUUUCAAGCUUUAACUUUGUGUGUUUCUAAUUCUGUAGAUAAGCUACAUGAUGUUUUCAAUUACUUUGAAUUAUAUUCAAUGAGUGUUUCGAUA